AUGUCUGGCAGGCGGGACAGCCUUUCUCCUCCUGAGAGGAGUGGCACCAAGGAUCCAGGAGCGCAUGAAUUAGAUUCUGAUUCCGAGGACCACUUCUCCGACGCUCAGUCCGCCCCUCAGAGCCCAAGUGCUUCCCCUGUUCCCAAGCUUCGAGUGGAGAAGACCAGCAAUGAGCCUUCCUAUGGCGAAGUCCCCGGGACGGAGGCGUACAAAAUGCGGCAGGAGGAUGCUGAGCCGGACGAGAUAGCGGUGGUCACUGAGGAGCAGAAGACGGGUCAAGAGGAGGAAGAGCUCAGAUCACCCACUCCUGGCGGCCAUCCCAUCCCCAAGACCGUGGUUGAGGAGAGCGUCGGCAAUUCAGAGGAGCAGUCCCACCCAGAGAAGAAGUACACGGCGGACACGCCGGCAGAUCUUGUUCUCAAGCCUGAUGGGUCGACGGACGGGGAAGAGGGAACUGAUGAAGAACCAAUAUCACCAGCCUUGUCCUCGCCACAAUCUGUCCGCUCCAGACGAAAGUCCUCUGUUGCCAAUCACGAAGGUGCUGAUGAUGAUGGCUUCGGAGAUGACUUUGACGACUUCGAAGACGGUGAUGACGACGCGGAUUUCGGCGAUUUUGACGAUGGCUUCCAAGAGCCUGAAACGCCCGGUGCCCCUCCAGCACCAGCUCCAUCGUCGGUACCGGCUGUACAACCCCUAUCAUUUCCUAUACCGGACUUCGACGGGAUGGACACAGACGAUAUCCUCAGCACCACAGAACCCUACCUCAACGCUCUCUUCCCCACAACAGCUGAAGAUGAGGGCAUCACCAUAACCCCACCAUCAAAAGACAACCCAAUAUUUCUCACUCCCCGAUCCGCGUCCCUCUGGUCCCAAUUAGUCGCCCCACCACCGCUGCAACCGCCAGACUGGAUUCGCUCACGCAUCAGGCGACUCUUUCUCGUCUCGCUCGGUGUACCUGUCGACCUAGAUGAGAUCCUGCCCGCAUCAAAACAGAAGAAACUAGUCUUGCCAUCCGUCCACUCACCCAGAACGUCCAAUGACUCCCGCAGAUCAGGAUCGAAGGGCCCAUCACGUCUCAAGACCCCACAGCCAGGCCAGGAGGGCGGCAGCGGCAGCCCAUCAGAUUCUGGGGGCGGGACCGGUGGCGGAGGGGGAGGAGGGGCGCGCACCGGGACGAAACGCAAGGCGCCGCCGCCAGAGUUCGACCUGGUGGCCGCGAAGCAGCUGUGCGCGACUACCGAUGAGGCCCUGGACGGGAUGACGGACGCCGAGCUGAAGGAGCACAUCAAGAGGCUCGAGGGCCUAGACGGCACGGCCAAGACGGUCCUGAACUACUGGCAGCAGAGGACGGACGAGCAGAUUGGGGAGAGAGAGGCGUUCGAGGGGGUCAUUGAGAACCUAGUGAAGCACGCCCGUAAGACGAGAAAGUAA